UCCAAGUGGUAGUAGUUUCCGGGUUAUCUGGGGGUCACACACAGAGGGGACAGGAACGUGAAAAGCUUCAAAAUGCUGCUACGGAGAGUGCUUCACAUAGGAGGCUUGACGCUGAAACACAGCAGGUCCAUCCAUCACAGUCCUGCAUGGAGGAGUCCGCUCAUCCCCAUUGUGGUGGAGCAGACGGGGAGAGGAGAAAGAGCGUACGACAUCUACUCCCGCCUCCUGAGAGAGAGGAUCAUCUGUCUAAUGGGUCCUAUCGAUGACAAUGUAGCCAGCGUGGUUAUCGCCCAGCUGCUCUUCCUACAGUCAGAGAGCAACAACAAACCCAUCCACAUGUACAUCAACAGUCCUGGUGGUGUGGUGACAGCGGGCCUGGCCAUCUACGACACCAUGCAGUACAUCCUGAACCCCAUCUCCACCUGGUGCGUGGGCCAGGCUGCCAGCAUGGGCAGCCUGCUGCUGGCAGCGGGCACGGCAGGCAUGAGACAUUCACUGCCCAACGCCCGCAUCAUGUUGCACCAGCCCUCAGGGGGCGCCAGGGGUCAGGCCACAGACAUCGCCAUCCAGGCUGAGGAGAUCCUGAAGCUGAAGAAACAGAUCAACCAAAUCUACGCCAAACACACGGGCCAGCUGCUGCAGACCAUCAACGGGGUUAUGGAGCGGGACCGCUACAUGAGCCCGGUGGAGGCGCAGGACUUCGGCAUCAUCGACCGGGUGCUGGUCCACCCCCCCCAGGCCGGACAGGACGAGCCCGAGCUGGUGCAGAAAGAGCCGGCAGCCAGCCCCCCCCCACAUGCAGAGUGUGCAGCCUCUGAGCAGCCCCUCCCUGGGACCCCCUCCUCACA